AACAUUCUUGGAAAGACUGUCAAUCCCAAGUUUAUAAACAAAGUUUGUAGAGUUUUAUUUCACUGAAGCAAACAGAUGAACGGAUUUACAUGGUUUAAUAAAAGACAUUGCAUCGGGAGACUCACGUUGUCUUAAUAUCGUUCUCGCGUUUUCGGUUUUCUUAUUUCAUACCCCAAGGAUAAUUAGAUCCUCCUCGUGAUCAAUAUGGUUGAAUAUUUGAGUAAACAAUAUUGUCAUUUAACGCGUUAAUGCUACACAUUUUUGGUCAGUGUUGUGGGGAAAGCGGUAGUGUGCGAGGCGCGGGGAGCGCCGCCGUGCUGCCUCAGGUGCGAGAUGAUAAGACGUGAUGUCACCGCGCACGAGUGACGCGGCGCUGCUUGUCUCAACUGUAGCCGCCGCCUUCAGUUCUCAGCGGCGCGCAAACGUGAAUGUCGGUUUUUUGCGAGCUGCACCGCUGGUAACCGACGACGUUCUCUCGAGCGAGACAAGUACGGUCGGCCGCGUCGCCGACCGCGGCACCGGUGAAGUGAAUUACUGUGCAUGUUAGUGAAGUCUUGGAUACGCAGGAUGAGCGAGGGCGGCGGCAGCGGCGAGGAGGAGAGCCCCGCACGCCGCUGGCCCGUGGGCAUCCUCCGCCGUAGCGGCGCGCGCGCAGCCCGCCGAAUGCUGCACGUCAAGUACCGCAGCGUGCCGCCCGCGACGCCGACGCCGCUCGCCGCGCUGCCCACAGACAUCGACGACACUGUCUCUUGUUUCUGCAGGAAGGCGCGGCGCAAAGAUCGCGAAGGCGAGCCAGCUGGAGACCCCAAGUUGUACCUGCAGGAGGCGCUGCUGGAGCGCAAGCUGCCCGAGCUCGACAUGCGACAGCUCGUGGAGCUGCCGCACGGGCUGGACUACAACGAGUGGCUUGCUUCUCACACACUGGCGCUAUUCGACCACGUGAACCUGCUGUACGGCACCGUGUCGGAGUUCUGCACGGCGGCGUCGUGCGCGGACAUGGCGGGCCCGGGCGGCCGCACCUACGCCUGGUACGACGAGCGCGGCAAGAAGUCGCGGGUCGCCGCGCCGCAGUACGUGGACUACGUCAUGACCUACACACAGAAGACGGUCAAUGACGAAACUAUUUUUCCUACUAAAUAUGCGAACGAGUUCCCGGCGGGGUUCGAGAGCGUGGUGCGGCGCGUGGUGCGGCUGCUGUUCCACGUGGUGGCGCACCUGUACGCCGCGCACUUCCGCGAGCUGGCGCUGCUGCGGCUGCACGCGCACCUGCACCUCACCUUCGCGCACCUCACCGCGCUCGACCGCCGCUUCGCGCUGCUGGACCACAAGGAGACCGAGGUGCUGCGCGACCUGGAGACGGCGCUGCGCCUGGGCGCCGCGGACGCCGAGCGCGACCCCGUCGUCACGCAGCCGCUCGCCACCGCCUGAGCGCACGUUGUUAACUCUAUUGUACAUAGCUCCAUCUGUUAAGUAGUUUUAGGUGAUUACGUUUAGUUUACCCUAUAAUUUGUGAUCGCUUUGGUUGUAAAUAAAAGUGAUAUUUGUUUAAACUAAUAAACUGAAAGCUUUAUGAUUGAAA